AUGAAGCUCGUGAGAUUUUUUAUGAAGCUGAGUGUAAACACUGAAUUGAAGAAUGGAACCCAAGUAGAUAGAACUAUCUCAGACAGUUUACCUCUGGAUGCUUUCCUUAUGGAUAUUGAACCAAAGGUGAAAUCUAAGAAAAGAGCAGCUGUUGCAGGAAGAAGCCAAGGUUAAGGUAGAGGAUGAGGACAUAGUUGUGGCAGAGGAAGAGGGGGUCCUGGACAACAACUUCUUCCAUAA